AUGAGACACCCAUCAUCCUCAUCCGCUGGUACCACCACGGCCAUUGCGCUGCUCUUGAUGGUGGGAUAUUCGUUGGCGUUUGCUCCUACCAGUCGAAAUUUGGCCAGCUUGGAACAGUUGAGAACAACACAGCAACAGCAACCACAAUCCCCUCUAAUAAGGUCCAGAGAACUAUCCAGGCUCCAUUUGUUUGCCUUUAUCAAGCUCAACAGGAAUAAUAAUGACAAUGGCAAGGAGGAUCCCAAUCAUCAUCCCCAUACUCAUCUGGGGGAAUCCAAGGAUGAUUCGAUAGAAGCGAGUGGGGAAGAAGACGAAGAAGAAGAAGCCAUUGGCAAUCGUCGGCAACUAUUGCGUCGACGCGUCAAAUCGUUGGCCAAACAAAUGAUCAGUCCCAUGCCCAAAGCCAUUGCUCAUGUCUUGAGAGAUGCUACUAUGGAUGCCGUCGACUUGGCCGUGGAAGAAGUCAUCAACCGCAAAUCCGGCGUCAUUACCACCAGUAGUGGAAAGGGCGUGCUGUCUCAACAGGAACGAGAGGCCAUCCUGUCGCAAAUUACCCUCGAUUUGGUCAAUGACGCCUUUGCACCCAUGGAACGGUCCUUGAUAGAAAUGGAGGUAUCGCUCGAACACGCCAGAGCGGCGUUGACAUCGGCCAAAUCCGAGGCAUCGUCGGCCAUUGAAGCCAUUCAAGCGGCCGCCUUGGCAUCGGCGGAAGGGGCGGCCAAUGUCGUGCAAGUGGCCGAAGAAGAAGCGGAGCGCAAGGUCAUUAACGAAAUUUAUGCCGCCGCACAAGAUGUCGAUGACGUCGAAGCACUGCGGUUGGAAGACAUUGACUUUACGGCAUCGGAAAUGGCACCGCCCUUUUUGGACGAAGCGCAGUGUCUGAUCCCAGGAGAACCCGUGGUGCGAGUCGAAAAGGCACCGGAAAAUUCCAGACGCAUCUUUGCCGGAAUUGAUAUCAUGGCCAGUGUCGAUGAUGUGUGGAAUAUCCUCACUCAAUACGACAAUCUGCAAAAUGUUGUACCCAAUCUGGUGGUGAAUAAAGUCAUGGAUACGUACGAUGGCGUGACAGAUUAUCAUCAAAUAUCCAUUGAUGCCAGCCAAUCCGAUCAGGAACAAUGCCGGGAAAUGGCCGACCAGUUGAAGGGUGCGCUUCUCAAGCAGGUGGGUGGGGCCAAGGUUGCGGGAAUCAACUUUUCAGCUCGCACAACACUCGAGGUUCGAGAAUGGCCACAGGGUUUGCCGGAUUUUGCUCAUUAUCAGGAUGAAAUGUGGCAGGGCAAGUCUCGAGAUGCUCGGGCCAAGGAAUAUAUGCAAACUAAGCUGGAACGGUAUCAGUUCCCGCGACCCUUUGCAGUUUCGAGUUUGCCCACCAAGGAUAUCUCCAUGCAGAGUAUUGUCAAUGACGAUGGUGAAUUCCGGCUGUACCAAGGGGUGUGGCGGAUGCAGCCCUUGCCGGGUUGUGGGGGAGGCACAGAAGGCGCCAUGAGAUUGACUUAUGCUGUCGAAAUCAGUCCUCGUGCCUAUCUACCCGUGCAAUUGGUCGAAGGCCGCAUCGUGAAGGACCUGUGCAAUAAUCUCUUGGCCAUUCGAGAUUGUGUCGAGCAGGCCAACGCGUCUGAGCAAGAACAGAACGAGAAAGCUGCGGCGAUGGCAUGA